AGGGCUGAGCAUUGCACAGAGCAGAGCCCUGCAGCCACCCAGCUCCAGCCCUGCUCACUGUGCCAACAUCCUGCAGCACCAUGAAGGGCUCUGCAGCCGUCCUGUCCGCUCUGCUCCUCCUGGCCCUCUGCUCCUCGGCCGUGGCCCAACUGAAGGAGACAGACAGCUUCCCCAUAACCUGCUGCUUCUCCUACACUCCACGUCCCAUCCCACACAACCUCAUCGCCUCCGUCUAUAUCACCAGCAGCAAAUGCCGCCUGCCAGGGGUGAUCCUGGUCACCAAGAAGGGGAGGGAGAUCUGUGCAAACCCUGAGGAGCCCUGGGUGCAGAAACGCCUGGAACUCUUCCAGAACGAAGAAAACUUUUAUGAGAACACAGAAGCAUAAAAUGGAUGGAUUGGAAGGGACCUCACAGCACAACCAGCUCCAGCCCCUCCCCAAGGCUCUUCCUCCCCCCAACUCAGGCUGCCCAAGGCCCAUCCUGUCUGGUCAUGGGCACCUCCAGGGCUGGUGCAUCUCUCUGCACAACAGUGCCAGGACCACCCCAUCCUUCUCUUCUACUGCCCCACCAAUGCUAAGGUAUUGAAAAUAGAGAUGAUUCAGAACACACCAAAAUGUUUGUUGAGGAGUGAGGAGCUGUGAUGCCUAAAUAAAUAAAAUUCUUGCAUUUGAAAACGG